ACUUCCGUAUUCGGCGCGUAAUGACGAGUGGGUUACAUAAACAGUUUUUGAAAUAUAUUUUUUAACUUUAUUGACCAGUUGCAACCAGGUCUUCUUAAAUUAUGGAGAUUACAGUAUUCACUGUUGAUUCCUUUACGAACGAACCUUUCAAAGGCAAUCCUGCAGCUGUUUGCCCUCUUACACAGGAGCUGCAGGAUGAGGUCUACCAGAAGAUAGCUGCUGAGAUGAACCUGUCUGAGACAGCCUUCAUUACACAGCUUCACCCAACUGAUGACUUCACCUCAGGAGCCCGCUUUCGCCUGCGAUGGUUCACCCCUGCCAGUGAGGUUCCCCUGUGUGGUCACGCCACCCUGGCCUCCGCUGCUGUGCUCUUCUAUAAGAAAAAGAACAGUAAUUCUACAGUGGUGUUUGAGACUUUGAGUGGAGAACUGUAUGUUCGCCAGCAGGGAGAUUUAAUAGUCAUGGACUUCCCCCUCGAAAAACCCAUACCCCAGGUGGCCAAGGAUUUUAAAGACCUUAUUAAAGCCACAGUGGGAGACCACCCAGUUCAAGAAGUGUUUUUCUGUACCACCAUCAAAGAAAUACUGAUUUGUCUCGAUGAUACCUGCGACAGGUCAGCGCUGACCAGCCUGCAGCCAAACCACACAGCCCUGUUAGCUAGUGAGAGCAGUGGAAAGGUAAUGGGAGUCACAGUCACAGUGCGUGGAGACCCCGAGUGCCAGGCUGGUUAUGACUUCUUCUCCAGAAACUUUGCCCCCUGGUAUGGAAUCCCUGAGGACCCCGUCACUGGCUCUUCGCACACUUUCCUAGCAAGUUACUGGUCUGCAAAACUGGGCAAAAAGAAAAUGCUGGCGUAUCAGUGCUCAAGUCGUGGCGGCGAGUUGCGGUUGGAAGUGAGGGAUGAUGGAAGAGUGGACAUCGCUGGCCAGGCUGUCAUGAUCCUGGAGGGAACUCUGUCUCUUUAGUUUCUCUACAUUUCCUUAUAGAUUAGUCACAGUGGUGACACUGACAAUAAAAGAGAAAUGAUGAAUUCUUACAAGUUCCAUGUACCCAUCGAGCGGAUGCAAGGGGCUGAAACGCAGCAGAGGCAAGUCCACCGUGGUGCAGCAGUCUUUAGGAUGCGACCAGCCCUCCUUCGGGCGCCGUAUGGGUGGCGG